AUGGGUCGCGUUAUUAGAGCACAAAGAAAGAGCGGAGGAAUUUUCCAAGCUCACACUCGUCUUCGUAAGGGAGCCGCUCAGCUCCGUACUUUGGACUUUGCUGAGCGUCACGGAUACAUCCGUGGUGUUGUCCAAAAGAUUAUUCACGAUCCUGGUCGUGGUGCUCCUUUGGCUAGAGUUGCUUUCCGCAACCCUUAUCACUACCGUACCGAUGUUGAGACCUUCGUUGCUACCGAAGGUAUGUACACUGGUCAAUUCAUCUACUGUGGUACCAUUGCCUCAAACGUCGAAGAGAAGUCUGGUGACCGCGGUGCUUUGGGCCGUUCUUCCGGUAACUACGUUAUCAUUGUCGGCCAUGACAUUGACACCGGUAAGACUCGUGUGAAGUUGCCCUCUGGUUCCAAGAAGGUUGUCCCUUCCGCCGCUCGUGGUGUUGUCGGUAUCAUCGCCGGUGGUGGUCGUGUUGACAAGCCUUUGCUUAAGGCCGGUCGUGCUUACCACAAGUACAAGGUCAAGCGCAACUGCUGGCCCAAGACUCGUGGUGUUGCUAUGAACCCCGUCGAUCACCCUCAUGGUGGUGGUAACCAUCAACACGUUGGUCACUCUACCACUGUUCCUCGUGGUUCCGUUCCUGGUCAAAAGGCUGGUCUUAUUGCUGCCCGCAGAACUGGUCUCUUGCGUGGUGCUGCAGCUGUCGAAAACUAA